AUGGAUGCCAAGCUUAUUGAACAAACAUGCAACAAAACACCACAUCCUAUUUUGUGUGUCUAUUCUCUCAAAUCUGACCCUCGAAGCGCGCGGGCGGAUGUUCCAGGCUUGGCUCUUAUAAUGGUGGACGUUGUUAGUGGGAAAGUAAAAGGUAUUCUGAAAAAACUUGAUACAUUGCUUAAACAGAGCCCAAGCAAUAAAGCCUUGCAAAAUUGCAAUCAAGAUUACCAUAUAGUUUUAAACAUUGAAAUCAGUGCAGCCAAAGGAGCAAUUACUCUGGGUGACCCUAAGUUUGCAGAACAGUACAUGAACGAUGCUAGCAACAGUGCUGAUUCAUGUGAGCGAGAAUUUAAAGGUAGGUCCCCUCUAACAAAGCUGAACAAAGAUAUAGUUGAUGUUUCAAGGGUGGCUUCAGCAAUAGUGAAGAUUUUAGAAUAG